AUUGACGUAUGCAGUUCUUCUGAUAGUUUUACGUAUAAUCACAGAAAGACACAUAUUUAUGUAUACAUACAUAUGUACAUCCCAAGGAGGUUAUCAGUGAAAAUUGUGCUAAUCCAUCGUACUGAGUUAUAUUUCAAAUGAAAAACAUAUACAUAUUUCGACGACUGAGCAACACUCACAAACACACGUGAAUCGUUCUAUGCUUCAUUGUAAACAUUUUGUUCGUUUUACGAAAAGUGUGAUUUACCCUAUUGAACAGUUCGACUAAUAUUUUCUGAUUGUGUAUCGAAUUUUCGAAAUCAAUUUUGCGAUCAGUACACAUUAAGCGAACGCCCAGUGAAGAUGUGGUCGCGCGUACUUCUACAUAAUGAACAGUUUUUACGAUUUGUUGCAGUCUUGUGUUGUGUACUGUGUUUUUGCACGCAAAGAACAUAUGCGGUGAAAAAUGCUUCCGCUACAUUUUCGAUCAGUUUUAAUGGUAUAGAUCUGUUCAAUAUACCUGCCUUUGGACGUAGUUUAUUUGGUGUUACCGAAAGUCCAAAUGAUGUUAAUUUGAGUCCAAGUUUUUCAUAUGAGAUUUCUAGUGCGGAACCGGAUCCUAAUAUUAUGGAGGACGCUCGUCUGAAAACGCCAAAACUCAUAAAGAAAUAUGGUUAUCCAGUUGAAGUGCAUCAUGUGGUCACCGAUGAUGGUUACAUACUAGAAUUGCAUCGCAUAGUAAGAGAAGGUGCUACUCCAGUUCUAUUAACACAUGGCUUAUUGGAUUCUUCAGCUACUUGGGUUAUGAUGGGUCCCAACAAAGGUUUAGCCUAUAUGCUCUAUGAUUCGAACUACGACGUUUGGAUGACGAACGUGCGUGGUAAUUCUUAUUCUCGUAAUCACACUAAGUAUAGUACGGAUCAUGCCAAAUUUUGGGAUUUCAGUUUUCAUGAAAUGGGCAAAUAUGAUUUACCAGCAUCAAUUGAUCACAUACUCCGCACUACCGAUUUUGAACGUAUACAUUACAUAGGGCACUCACAGGGAACCACAAUAUUUUGGGUAAUGUGCAGUGAACGCCCAGAGUACAGUGAAAAAAUUUUGCUAAUGCAAGGUUUGGCACCCGUAGCCUUUGUGAAGCACAGCAAAAGUCCAGUUGUCAAUUUUUUGGCAUUCUUUCAGGAACCAUUGAGUUUGUUAUUGAGACUGAUUGGAGCCCAUGAAUUUUUACCUAGUAAUGAUUUCCUCACAAUGUUCAGUCAAAUUAUUUGCGAUGAUGACACCAUAACUAAGGAAAUAUGUUCCAAUGUCAUAUUUUUAAUAACUGGUUUUGAUAAAGAACAAAUGAAUGAGACUAUGUUGCCUGUGAUUUUGGGUCAUGCCCCCGCUGGUGCUGCUACAAAGCAAAUGCAACAUUUCGGCCAAUUGAAACGUGAGAACUACUUCCGUCAGUAUGAUUAUGGCUGGAUAAGAAAUUAUUGGCGCUAUGAUUCUAUAACUCCACCAGAUUACAAAUUAAUGAAUGUACGGAAUAAAGUUGCUCUGCACUAUUCCGAAAAUGAUUGGUUAGCGCCACCUGAAGACGUAGACCAUCUUUCACGUUUACUACCGAAUUUAGUUGGCAAGUUUUUAGUCGAUUAUCCGGCUUUUAAUCAUUUGGAUUUCGUUUGGGGUAUCGAUGCGAGAGAAUUGUUAUUCAAUCGAAUCGUACAACUAAUGCGAAGAGUUGAGGAGGAAAUUUUGUAAUUUGGAAUUACGAAAGGCUAUAACUAUAUAAAGUGUUUGGUAUUAUUUGGUACAAUUCUUUUAUGUUGUAUUAGUUUAUUUGUAUGUAUACUACAUAUAUUUCUAUUUAUGUAUAUAUUUAUUU